CCAAAAGGAAGCAAUUGCAAUAGAUGAAGAACUCUUCUCAACGUACUGCUACAGUCUAGAUCAACUGAUGGAGCUAGCGGGACUGAGUUGUGCCACUGCCAUAUCAAAAGCAUACCCCAUCAAUAGUCUCACCAAGUCAGAACCUACAGUGUUAAUAUGCUGUGGACCAGGCAACAAUGGUGGGGAUGGGCUGGUCUGUGCUCGACAUCUCAAACUCUUCGGUUACCUGCCAUCCAUCUACUACCCGAAACAACGGGACGCCCAACUCUUCAAAAGCCUCAGCACACAAUGCAAGUACAUGGAUAUCCCAUUCCUAUCCUACCUGCCCUCGAGCAGCCUCAUCGAUAUGAGUUACAACUUUGUCGUCGACGCUAUAUUCGGGUUCAGUUUUUCGGGUCAAGUGAGGGCGCCGUUCGAUGAUGUGCUCAAGUUACUGAGAGGCACAUCAAUUCCUCUUUGCAGUAUUGAUAUUCCGUCAGGUUGGGACGUCGAGAAGGGAAAUGAGGACGGCCUGAAGCCAGACUUCCUGAUCUCGCUAACCGCUCCCAAGAAAGCAGCCGAACACUUCAAGGGAAAGUACCAUUAUCUAGGCGGACGUUUUGUACCUCCAGAGUUGGCCCACAAGUAUCAACUAUCACUCCCGAACUACCCAGGGGCAGACUGUGUCGUGGAAUUGACAACAAAGUCAUCAAUUUAACAAACAAGAAUAUUCAAUUAAAUUUCCCUGUGUAAAUAUUUUCUAAUUGUAAAAGUAGAUCCUCUCUUUCAAUGCUAGCCAUUAUGACAUGAAUUUA